GUUUUUGGGCGAUAAAUAUGUGUGCCACAAAUUAAUCAUAACAACGCUAUUUUUGCGUCUGUUCAAUGACGUCACGACUCCGCGACACAUGAACUGACCGCGUAAAAGCGCAAACCUAUAUUGCAGUUCCUUUGUUAUCUGAAAUAGCAUUACAGUUUCGAUGGCAUUUGCGAUGGCGAGAGGAAAGUUCUCUAUUUUUACGUUAUUUACAAUUGGUUUUGUUUUAACAAAUGAUGUUUCGUUUAGCGGAUUCUUUGUCGAAGGCGCUGUUAAUGUUGGCGAGCAGCAUUUGAUUCAACACAUCAUUGAUAACAUAAAUCCGAACGUCCGACCCGCGCUGAACCCGUCUAAAGCAGUAAAUAUUACGUUGGACAUCACUUUCCACGGUGUGAUUGAAAUGGACGAAAAACACCAAAUUCUCACAACAGACAUCUGGGUUAGGCAGGAAUGGAUGAACGAACUGAUCAAAUGGAAUACCAGUGAUUAUGGUGGACUCAAACAAAUAUCCAUUGAUUCUUCCCUUGUGUGGCAACCGGACACUGUCCUUUACAACAAUGUUUUUGAAGAAUUUGAUGGCAGAAUGGAUAACGUGAAAACCCGAAUUCGGGUCUCACACACUGGUGAAUGCUACUGGGCAGCACCUUUCAUCUUCAAAACUUCGUGUCAUUUUAACGUAGGAGAUUUUCCUUUGGAUGAGCAGCUCUGUAAACUCAAGUUUGGCUCCUGGAAUUUCCACAAGGGACAACUUGAUUUACUCCGCAUGCGAGACGUUGCACCAGUGGCAAAGGAAAGAGUUGAAAAUGGAGAAUGGAACGUAACCUCUAUUCAGAUUAAGCGAAACGAACUCGAAUAUGCUUGUUGCGGAGAUGAUAAAUACCCGGACAUUACAUUUUAUAUCAAUCUCAAACGGCGCUCUUUGUUUUACACCUACAAUCUGAUCAUACCUAAUUUUCUCAUUGCUCUACUCGCCUUCUUUUCCUUCUACAUUCCAGUGGAGUGUGGCGAGAGAAUAUCAUUCGUGAUCACCGUCUUACUGAGCAUGACCGUUUUUCUGCUGUUGGUUGCGGAGAGCAUUCCGCCCACUUCUGAAGCAGUGCCAGUUAUUGGAAUGUACUACACUUGUUCCAUUAUUGAGGUCGCCUUAGCGCUUGUUGCAACGGGCAUCAGUUUAAAGGUGUACUACGGCUAUUUGUACGGAAAUGGCCUAUCACCUAGGUUGCGAAGAUUUCUCUUUUAUCGUUUGGCGCCAUUACUGUGGGUUGACACAGAAAUUGUCAUCGGAGCCAAACCUACGAAAAACAAAUCGUGCUUUCCGUUUAAUUGUCUCAAAAAGCUUAAGGCAAGCGUUCCACGGGAUAGUGUCGUCUCGAUGUACAGUGUUACAGAGAACAAAACGAACCAGUCAAACGGCGCAGCGACGACAGCGAAGAACGAAGUAAAUUUGCUCGCUGUUGAUGCUAAGACUUCACAAGAAACCGAUAUCUCCCUUUUAGAGACACAACAAGGUUUAUCAGACCAAGAGAUACGACAGAGAGUGAAAAAAACGUCCGAGGCGCCCGAACUGCAACACGUAGUCUCUUCAACACUGAUAGGGCACAGGGACACCGACUUCCAUGCAACAGAAAGUAGGAUUGCCGCGGCCAUUGUGGACCGAGUUUUCAUGGUGUUGUUUAUUUUAGUGUUUUUCGUGUCAACACUUUUUAUUUUACUUUUGCCAGUCAUCAGGAAAUGAUGAUCUCAAAUCACGGCUCAAAUUAGAACUGAAACGCUCUCGGGUGGCGAAGUUGUCUUCUGUUAUAGGACUCAUGACUGGGAAAAGAGGUCACGCAACAACAUCUAUCAUGCAGUCAAUCAAGCUUCAAUGUUCUUACUUCGCAGCUUUUCGCGUGACAUGAAUCACGGUGAAGAUGUAAAGAAUAAAUAAGGAAGAAUUCCUUCUGAUGAAUGCGGUGGUUGCCAUCGGGAAUGUCUUCUUGACGGAAAUUUUGAUGUAAACAUAAUUAAAAGGCCAAAAGUUGCCCUGCUUUCGAUUUAACCGUCGCAAUAAAAAUAUCAGUAGGACAAGGAUCGUAACAAUUUUGUCCUUGAGUUAGUUGGUUUCUGUUUGCGUCGUUGAAAACAAUAAUUUACUAAAAUAAUUUGGCAAAAUCCAUUUUAUAUGACUUUCAUUUGACGAGUUUGUAAAUAAGUUGUAAUCUGAAGUCCACAUCUUUUGCUACAAAACAUUUUUAAAGUACAUGUAAUUUAAUGAAUUUUGAUUUGUUUCAAAGAAAUUAAACACUUGAAAAGGAGGAACAGGUAAUUUUAUAAAUUUAAAUGUAAAUAGUUUUCAUCUGUUUUGAAAUUUAUUAAUUAAAUGACUGCGUUACAUCCAACAAACAUGUCAUGUAACUGGAAAAGUGCUUUAUUAUUAUUAUCAUCAUCAUCAUCAUCAUUAUUAUUAUUAUUAUAAUUAUUAUUAUUAUUAUUAUGAAAGAAACUAUGACAAGUUCUGUAAUAAAAAUCUGAACACUGUAGAAUUGACUUGUUAGAUUAAAAUUCCCACAGGGCUCUAUCCCUAGAACCCCGUUACUUCAACCCCUAAGGGAAAUGAAAAACUUUUCCAGCCAUCGGGAUUGAUGAUGAAUUUAAAUCAUUCUGUUCAUGAUUUUACCGUUCUUGCACAAUCGAUAGUCAUUAAGUUUGUCUUAUAAGAGCUUUUCCAAGAGAACGUUUAGUUUGGAAAAUUUAGCUCAGUGUAUUACGUUUUCACAAAAGGGUAAUGGGUCCCUGGUUUUCAUAAUUGUUAUCACGUUCAUAUCAAUCGCGAUGUAAGGUUUGGACGCGCCAAUCAGCUAUGUUUUGACACUUUGACGUUAAUUAAUUAUUUUUACUUAAAGUUCGAGUUAGGGUUGGUGGGGAAGGGAGCGUUGCGUUGCGUGACGAGCCCAAACAACGGUUGCGAAGGAGACUAGAGUUAGCAGGGUGAAUUUGAGCCAAGGGAAAGGAAGGUUAGUUCGAAUUAACGGCGAGUUUGAGUUCACUUAGUUUGAUUUGGCGGGGUUCUACUGUAGUUUGAAUGGGAGAUCGCGGAUGCACCUUUUCACCUCAGCCCCAGACCCCAUCGUUUUUCUUGGCCGUUGGAGUAUCUGUACGAUUGAGUCUGGUAACAAGAAUCUCUCUU